AUGGGACUGGGCUUCCCUCAAACGCCCAUUCAAGAGCUACCACUGGAGGGAGACGUCAUCGUCGGCAUGCUCGACACCGGUAUAUGGCCUGACUCGCCAUCCUUCUCCGACGAAGGCUUUUGCACACCGCCGAGCAGUAAAAUCAUUGGAGCACGCGCCUACGACGGAAGAUCCAGCAGCUCUGGCCAGUCGCCAUGGGACGUUGACGGCCACGGCAGCCACACGGCAUCCACCGUGGCAGGGCGUGUGGUGGCCAACGUCAGCAUGUACGGCUUGGCCGCUGGCACAGCUCGCGGAGCGGUGCCCAGCGCCAGGCUCGCCAUCUACAAGGUUUGCUGCGACGAUGCCGACAUCCUCGCGGUGUUCGAUAAUGCCAUCGCCGAUGGUGUGGACGUGAUCUCCAUCUCCAUCGGGGCCUCCUACCCAUUUGAGUACUUCAGUGACGUGAUAGCCAUUGGCUCCUUCCACGCCAUGAGGCCUGGGGUGCUCACGUCCGUGCCGGCCAGGAACUCGGGGCUGGAUGAUGGCGGCUACGUUUGCAAUGUUGCCCCAUGGAUGCUGUCUGUGGCGGCAAGCAGCAUCGAUCGCCGGUUCAUCGUCAAGAUCGUUCUUGGGAACAGCGAGACCAUAGUAGGAGCCUCCAUUAACACCUUCCUAACGCUCACAAAUGCCACGCUUGCAUUCCCCGCUAACGGUUCUUGUGAUCCAUAUUAUCUCGUUGGAGAUUCAUAUAAAGGGAAGAUCCUCCUCUGCCCGCUCGAGGGUGGCUUUCGAACCAAUAUAUCAGCUGGUCCGCUGUUGGCCGGUGCAGCAGGAGCCAUUGCUGCUGGCCCAGCACCAGAUGCCGCCUUCAUCUAUCCAUUACCCACACUUGUGGUAUCUGAGAACCAGUUCGAUGAGAUCAAGGCCUAUGCCAACAGCACUAGCAACCCAGUGGGUACCAUAGAAACAACUGUCACGACGGUGAACGCACAAGCUCCAAUGUCCGCCUCAUUCUCUUCUCCUGGCCCAAACAUUGUCACUCCUGAUAUCCUCAAGCCUGAUCUAUCUGCACCGGGAGUGGACAUCAUAGCCUCAUGGUCUCUACUGUCACCGCCGUCGGACGAUCCCAACGAUCAAAGGAGGGUCCAGUACAGUGUUAACACUGGCACAUCCAUGGCGUGCCCACAUGCAAGCGGCGCCGCAGCCUAUGCCAAGUCUGUCCACCGCGACUGGUCUCCGGCGAUGAUCAUGUCAGCUCUCAUCACUACAGCCACUCCGAUGAACACGCCGGGCAAUGCCGGAACAAACGACCUCAAGUACGGCGCCGGGCAGCUCAACCCAACCAAGGCACGCGACCCUGGGCUCGUGUACGACGCGUCGGAAGGCGACUACAUCGCCAUGCUGUGCACGCAGGGGUACAACGCCACGCAGCUCGCGCUCAUCGUCGGCUCCAACGCCACGGCCUGCUCCAACGGGUCGACGACAAUGGCAGCCGCCUCCGCCAGUGACCUCAACUACCCGAGCAUGGCUGCGCGAGUGGAGCCUGGGAAGAGCUUCACCUUGGUGUUCCCACGGACCGUCACCAACGUCGGAGUUUCAGGGGUGGCCGUGUACGAUAUGAAGAUCCUUACGGAUGCCGCGGAUAACCUCACGGUUGUAGUUGAGCCAAGCAGGCUGGAGUUCAGCGCGCAGACACUGAAGGCCUCGUUCACCGUGACAGUGUCCGGCGUGGUACCUGCGGCUGGCCAUGUCGUCUCGGCGGCCGUCGUGUGGUCUGACAACGAGCACCAAGUGAGGAGCCCAAUGGUGGUGUAUACGAAAUCCAGGCAGUGA